UUGGAGUAACAUGAACAGGUGUGAGCUGGCAGAGACUUGAACGUGGGAAUUGUUAGUCUUAAUACGAGCAACAGAUGAUUUUAAUUUGAUUUUUUCUAUUAAAAAAAUGUCGGAAUGUUGUUAAUGAAACUGCUGAACCCGAGCAAAGAUCUCGGGUGUACAAACAACUCAACACUAGAGAUUGACCAUGCGACAGCAAGUGGCACUUCACCUACAAACAGUGACCCGGCUUUGGUAAGACCUCAGACAAAUGAGACGACCCCUGCCACAGUUUCCUGGAUGAGGUCAUGGAAAGGAGUACUUAAGUGGAGGGCAGGGGUUACUAUUUAUUUAGUUUUAGCGUUUAACAACUUCUGUAACACUCCCUACUCUCUUAAAGAGCACCCACAGAUAACACAGGUAAGUCCUACUGUAUAGGGUACAAACAUAUUCUCGCUCCAAGGAACAUCUAGUGGGACUAGAAUGCUACUGCCUGCACUUGUCAUCUUGGCAUUUACAUCGUCGUUGACAGCCUCACCUCCCAACAUCUUGUUCAUCGUUGCUGACGACAUGGGGUGGGCUGACGUUCAGUGGAGAGACUCCUCCAUGUACACCCCGAACCUGCAGCAACUGAAGGCGGAGGGUGUGGAGCUGACAAACGCAUAUGCACAACCGUCCUGCACACCUUCCAGAGCUGCUUUCCUCACUGGUAUCUACCCGUUUCGCAUGGGUAUCCAAAAUUCUGUGUUUGAAGAACUCGAAAACAUUUCCGUGCCGUUAGACAAGAGGAUGUUGCCGCAGAGUCUGAAGGAGCUCGGUUACACCACUCACAUGGUGGGCAAGUGGCACCUGGGCUUCUGUCGCUGGGACAUGACACCCACACGACGAGGGUUCGACUCCUUCUAUGGCAUGUACAACGGCAAAGCCGAAUACUUCACCCACACUGGACACUGGAACGGCUACGACCUGGUCUUCAACGACAGACCGGUGUGGUCCGCCAAUGGCACCUACUCCACACACCUGUUCACACAGAGAACCAUCGACAUUCUCAGGACCCACAAGCGAUCACAGCCUCUCUUCAUCUACCUGUCCUAUCAGGCCGUUCAUGGCCCACUUGAAGUGCCUGAUCACUACGUCAACAAUUUCUGCGGUGGCGUCGCCACAUCUGAAGACCGGAAGUUGCGAUGUGGGAUGGGGGCGGCCAUGGACGAGGGCAUCGGUAACAUCACGCGCGUGCUGGAAGAGUUGGGCUACAUGGACAACCUGCUCCUCGUCUUCACCUCGGACAACGGCGGGCCUGUGAACACUGGCUCCAGCAACUGGCCGCUCAGGGGGGCCAAGUUGACUCUGUGGGAAGGAGGAACCAAAGUCACAAGUUUCCUACACAGCAAGACUCUUCUGAAGGGCAACACAUCCUACAGUGGUCUUGUCCAUGCUGUCGACUGGUACCCGACUCUUUUGCGGCUGGCCGGUGCAAAGGGGAACAUUCCGAAUAUAGAUGGCCUUGACCUGUGGGAAAGCAUCUCCACCAAUGGAGUCAGCCCACGGCAGGAGUUUGUCUACGACAUCAACGAUGACAAACACCGUUCUGCUCUCCGUUACAAAAAUUACAAGAUGACGUGGAACAAACCAGGCCACCCAGAUGGCUGGUACAACCCUCCACCUGGGGUGGCCCAGCCUCCGGAGUGGAACUACACCACAGAGUACAUGCUGUUCGACCUGGACACUGACCCCAUGGAGACGACGGACAUCAGCUCGCGGUCAGACGUGAAGAAGGUCUACAAGCACAUGAAGAGCAAGCUAGACAAGCUCAGACUCACCAUGCCUCCACAGCUGCACCCGCCUGAGCUCAAAGAGGGAAAUCCAACGAACUGGGGCGGGGCCUGGACACCCGGAUGGUGCUGACCAUGAGGACUUCCGGUAGUCCCACGCCUGCGCACGAGCAGCGACGAGGCAACAGCGGAAAGGCACGUGAAUUGAACUUGAUAGAUUACCGAAAAAAUUAA